AACAAACUAAACACAUGUAUCAAGGCGUUUAUCUUUCGAAUGCGUCCCUUCUCUUCAUUUGAACGAUAUCUUCGUAGCGUGAAGUGGAUCAAAUCCGCAAGGCUAUGAUAGAAGAAGAAGGAAAGACGGAAUCCGAGGUGGCGACAGCAGAGGCAACCAGCGCCACACAAACCGCUGGCCAGCUCGAGGAUCUGACGUUGCAGCAAGCGAUCAUCACGGGCGUUCCAGUGCCCAUGAAGGGCGUCGAUUCGUUCGUCGACCAUCCUCCAGCCUUAACAGAGUGCCGAGACUUCUUCCAAGGGACUUCACGUACUCUCGACAAAGUGCGAAUGAAUUUCAAGGACUCUUUGGAGGUUGUAGACGAACGUCGUGGCUUGCAGUUCCUCAAUAUCCUUCGAUCGUUGUUGCAACUUGACAACGCAGUGCCUCAAGUGCUGGCGGAAGCACUGUGGACCGAUCCCGAUCAGCGGCAUCGUGAACAUCCAUGGCCUGCGCGCUCUAAUGUAGACCUCAAUCGCCUUCUAGAUGAAGGCGAUAUCGCUACAUUCGCAUUGAAUGCCUGUCGCCAACUUGCGCGACCUCAUGGCGUCCUGGACCUCCCUUUCGAUAACGUUGAUGAUUACUCUCGGCCAUCUCGUUUCGAGAAUUUUGCUGCGGUGAAAGCGAGUGCCUCAGCUUUGCUUCAGGAGAACUCAAACGAACUUGUAGCACUGCGCCCAAAGCCCACGACCGAAGAAAAAGUCCAGGAUAUAGCUGGUUGGCAUCGACGUGUCUAUGCACAGCUAUGCAAAGCCGCCGCGGAUGGUCUUCGAGAGGCUUUCAGGAAGCAGCUUGGUCCGAGGUUCACGUAUUUCAUCGUGGCUAUUGAUGAAUGUACCCUCCUCGGGGCGACUCCGAUGAAGUCUAAUGACGAGAUCGAUCGCGGCUCCACAGAGAGGAUGUCGCUGAUAGCCAUGCAGAGGAUCAUGAAAGCCGCGGACGAGUUCCAUGAGGAGUUCUGGUUCGUGCUCCUGGAUACGACCUCCGCGGUCUUCGAUCUCGUUCCGCCCACAGGCGCUUUAGCUCCCUCGUUCCGCCUUGAUGGCAAGUUGCGUCCUCUUCUUCCUUGGGGAUACUUCGGCUUUGACCAAAUGGUGAAGGGCGACAUCGAGCAGAAUGGUGUCCCGACAUUGAUGGCGGCUUUGACGCUCAAUCGUCUCAAGAUGUAUGGUCGUCCGCAUUGGUCAACACUCUCCGAAAGCUCACUGAUCCGUCACGCGACAAGGAAGCUUCUUAACUCUGACACGUUCAAGCCUCGAGAUGAGUUAUCCGUUCUGGCCGUGUUCGCUGCUCGGAUUCGAGUGGAGAUUGCGGAAGGCCCCGCAUCGUCUCGCUUGACGAUCAACAGUGUGCGCAGUCAUAUGCGCCUCUUUGUAUCCAUCGUCGAUCGCCACACAGUUGAGACCUGCAGCCCCUCGGAACCAAUUCUCGCCCUCGCUGCAGCGCAUACACUGAAUUUUUCUCGCGAUAUCUAUACGGAGGCGAUCCAGACGUUCAUCAACGAGCUUGUUCUGAAAGGUCUUGUACAGGACAGGGGUUCCACGGGCGAACUUGUAUCGCGUUUUCUACUAACUAUGACCCGCGAUGCGACGACUGAGAGAUACGUUGUGCUCUCCGAUAGCACGCCAUCCACGUCUAUGCUAGCGACCGUGAAGGUCACGGAUUUCCUGACCACGAUGAUCGGCGAAGACAUAAAGAACGCAGACGGCUUCCAGACACUCGAGAAUUUCGGAGACAAUGCGCACAUCAAUUUACACAUUUUAUUCAGCUACCCGAAGUCAUUGAGGACGUCACCACCGAUGAUCGAUGGCUUUAUCGUGGUGUAUUGCGGUAACUUGAAUGAGCCCUUUGAUCCGAUGAAACUGAGUUACAUCGCGUGGAAGACGAUGGCCAAAGACGAGGCAGCAUCCUACGAGCUUGCGAACACAUUGACUGGACCCAGCGUAAUACAUGUUCGCCACAAACCCGGCCACAUUGUGAUCCUCAUGGAUCUCGCAGCGCUAACCGGAUUCCAGGUGCAUUUUGAGUUCCGCUUGUCGCAUGCUGAGGCGACCGUGCCGUCGGGAGGCAAACGGUGGGGAGGGUAUAUAGAACAAGAGCCAAAGCAUUUCUGCCUAAACACACGCGGUCACGACUACGCUGUCCUGAGGCUCUACGAUCAGACAAUACGAGGGAACAAUGCGAAAGAGUCGUACCUCACGCCGCUGUUCAAGCGCACGUUGGCCGGAAGGGAUGACCAGUCUGGUAUCUGCGUGCGACAAGCCAUCGAUGGCGUCUGCAACCUGUUUGACAAGGAAUCUAUCGGCAACGUGUACCAGUCGGGGAAGAUUCGGUGAGACGACUCACCGGUCUGCCAUGUUUCUUUGCUAUACGCAACGUGAUGGGGUGGCAAUACUUUUCCACGACGCGAUAGAGUAAAUGCCUGUGCUUUGGAUUUUCCUCAAUCUGUCAUGUUCGAUCAAAUCUCCCGAAUGUAUGCG